UUAGCAUCCUUCAUUUCAGCUGAGAGAACUCUUUUCAGAAUUUCUUGUAAAGGCAGGUCUAGUGGUGAUAAACUCCCUCAGCUUUUGUUUGUCUGGGAAAAUCUUUGCUAGAUAGGAUAUUCUUGGUUGCCAAGUGUUUUUUCUUUUAGUACUUUGAAUUUAACAUCCCACUCUCUCCUGGCCUGUUAGGUUUAUGCUGAGAAGUCUGCCGAUAGCCUUGUGUGGGUUACCUUGUAAGUCACAAGCUUCUUUUCUCUUGCUGCUUUUAAAAUUCCCUCUUUUCCCUGGAUUUUUGGCAAUUUUAUUACAAUGUGUGGUGGAGAAGAUCUCUGAUUUUGUUUGGGGACCUAUGAGCUUCAUGAACUUGGAUGUACAAAUCUCUCCUCAGAUUUGUGAAAUUUCUCAGCCAUUAUUUCAUUAAAUAAGCUUUAUGCUCCCUUCUCCUUCUCUUCUUCUCCUGGGACUCCAAUAAUUUGCAGAUUGUUUCUUUUGAUGGUAUCCUAUAGAUCACAUAGGUUUUCUUCACUCUUUUUUAUUCUUUUUCCUUUGUUCUCCUCUUGCUAGAUAAUUUCAAAGGUCCUGUCUUCUAAUUCAUUGUAUUUUUCAGCUCCAGAAUUUCUGUUUAGUUCUUUUUUUAAUCAUUUCUAUCUCUUUAUUUAGUUUCUUCUAACUAAACAAAGAAGUAUUGUUAAAUGCUUCUUGGAAUGUUAUCAAAUGUUGCCUUCUCUUGAGUUCCUCAAAAUAUGGAUGUCUUCAGCUUGGGUUUUACAAAGACACAGAAACUGUCCUCUAACCUGGGCAUUCCAUAAAACCUGAUUGCACAUUAUUCACUACAGUCUUUAUUCACCGGAGAGUACAGGGUUUCAAUUAGGAACAUCUCUCUUUGGGGCAAAAUCCAACUCUUCUUACUGCAGUCGCUAGGACCACAGCAAAGUCCUUGGCUGUGCAGGAGUCUGAAGGUAAAGGUGAGAAUCCUGGCAGCAGAGUGGAAGGAGCUGUGGAAGAGGCACAGACGUGGAACCUGGGCCAAGUAAGGGGAGCUCACAGGCUCAUUCCCAGUAGUGAUAGAUAUGCUUUGCAUAUCUCUCAGCUCAGAGCCACAAUCAUAUCCUCUGGAUAAUAGAGUUAAGGGGCACUGGUAUGAAGAACAACACAUCAUUUCAGAGGGUUUCAGAAAGGAUGGGGGGUGGGAGUGGAAGUUUAUUGGACCUGGGAGAAGGAGGCUAGAGGGAAAGAUCACAGAACUAGGCCCUAGUUCCUGCCCUGCCAGUGACUUCCUAGGUGACCCAAGGAAAUCACUUCUCUCUGAGCUUCAGUUUAUCCUCUGCCCAAUAGAGGUUUUAGCUGUUGCCUCCUGGUCAUCUCCAUUGAGACUCAGAAAUAUAUUACUAAAACACACUGGAAGUAGUAAGGUCAAUAGUUUAAUGUUGAUGACUGAUUAGCAAUGUGUAAAAUAUUUUUAUCAAUAAAUGAAAUAAUAUUGGUCAGGGUUUACUGCUGUGUCUGACUCUCAGUAUGAACAGCAAGCUUUGUGGCACUGUUCCAUUAUUUGCUCUCCAGCUCCAUGGUAGCCUUGAAAAUAACAGCCCAGAUCCCAAUUUAGCCAUCAGAAGGAACAGAAUAGAGUAGAGCUCUUUCAAAGGCUCAUUCCAAAAGAAUUGUCAUUAUUUGACCUAUCUGCUGGUUACCUGGAAGACCUCACUUGCAAAGCUAUCUGGAUUUAACUUAACUUGAAGUCGACUUAGUGCAAAAAGUCUUCUCCUCAGGGAAAUUUGGCAAAAACAAUUAUAGGCAAUGGUUUUAACUUCCUGGCUGCAUGAGGUUGUAGAUAACAUUUGGGGCAAAUGAGACACUAGCCAAAAAGCUUAAAGGAAAAGCUGGUAAAUUAGAUGUCCAUAGGGGUUUUGAAAAGCGCUGACAUAUUCCUGGAAGUUUAGAAGGCCUUGCACAUGUGUAGGGGUAUAUACAUGCCUAUGGCUAUGAGCAUGCUCAAGAAAGACAUGCAAUGGCCCUAAGCAUUGACCUCUGGCUGACCUUGUGGCUUUUCCCAAGCAGCAAGUAAAGUCUAAGACAGAGUUUUUAAUUGCUUGGCUAAUUCUUGAAGGCAUACCCCAAAAGGCUCACAGAGCUCCUUAUGAAAGACUGGGAGAUUUAUUAGUUCCAGGCAUUUAAGGUAAUCUUGUCCAAUCCUUAACUGACCACUAAGCUAAUCAGUAGGACUCCAGUGUCCACACACAACAAAGAAUACAGACUCUACAGAAUUAGUUGAGAAAAGUCACUAAACAAACAACAACUAUAACAAGCAGUAACAGCAACAAACCUUGGAGAGCAGGGAGAAUCUGACUUCAGAGUUGCCAUCUUAUAUUAUUUUAAAUGUCCAGUUUUCAACAAAAGACUAUAAGACAUACAAAGAAACAAGAAGGUAUCGCCCAUAAAAAAGGAAGGGAGGGAAACAAUCAAUAAAACCUUUCUCUGAAGAAGCCCAGACAUGGACCCAACUAGACAAAGACUUUAAAUCAGCUAUUUUAACUAUGUUCAAAGGAAACCAUGUUUAAAGAACUAGGAAAGUAUGAGAAUAAUAUCUCCAAUAGAGAAUAUCAGUAAAGAGAUAGAAAUUAUUUUUUAAAAAAGAACCAAAUAGAAAUUCUGGAGUUGGAAAGUAUAAUAACUGGAAAAAAAAAAAUUCACCAGAGAGGCUUAACAUCAGAUUUGAGCAGACAGAAGAAAGAACAAAUGAACCUGAAGAUAUGUCAAUUGAGAUUAUCCAGUCUGAGAAGUAGAAUGAAUAGAAAUGAACACAAGACUUCUAGUUUCCAUUCCAGCAUGUAAAGAUCUUUGGAGUUCUUAUCCUCAAAACAAGAAAAAAGCUGAACAAACUGAAAAUCAACAAGUCUUCUUAGGUCAACCAGAGAAUUGCAGUCACAUGGCAAAUAGCCACCCCAAAAAGUGAAGACAGGUGAAUACAGAGAAUCACAGCUUACCAGGAGCAGAAGCCACCACUGAGUAGAUGUUUUCUGAGUUGCUACAAACUUUUAGUUAAUUUCCAGCCUGAAAAGGCUGAUUCUGGCAAAUUUUUGCCAGAUUUUUCAUUGCUUUCAUAGAGGACAGAAUUUUUCAGAGGUUUUAUGUCAUCAUUUUUGUCACUUUCUCCCCUGCUGUUCAUGACCUCUUCCAGGGUUUGGCCAGAGCAGCAAGGGAUAAUCCUUUGUAGUUAAAAUAAUUCCCUCAUUUAAUUGAACCAGCUUUGCUGGGUGACAGUACCUUGAAAUCAUAGAAACCUGGUUUAGAACAGAUAUCCUAGUCAAAUUACUUUUUGAAAUCUCUUUAUCUUAACCAUAAAGUAUGGUAAUAUUCUGAAGUCAAUGAACCUAUAUCUGAAUCCUGUUAAAUGGCUGCAACUACGUUAUUAUUUCAUCGUGUAGGUAAAACAUGAAGUCUAACCAGUCUUCUAUGAUUGAACUUUCAGAUACAUUAUUUUUUUUAGAUAUUAGCCCCCCCCACAUUACUAUCCUUUUAUUUUAUUGAGAUCUCAAAUUUGCUUUUGAUUAGCAAUCAAACCUUAAAAGGUUCUCUGAGGGAAAUAAAACCUGAAAAGGAGAAACUGAGAUCAAAUUAUUUAAAAUAAUAUUUGAGCGUUCAUAGUUCCAUUGGUGCUAAAAUAUAUCUGAACAUGGAAUGGAAUUCAGAACCCCAUGAAGGAGAGUUGGUAGCCAAAGAGUUGAUGUCACACAGCCCACCACCUAACAGGCAGAGUUGGAGCUUGAUGGUGGCUGUCCAUUCUGCCAGCUCUGGUGGAGACUGCGCUUCUAAAAGCAAGCUCUUCAAAUUUAUAUCUUAAGUACUCCUAACAGGAAUAAUUAGAAUUUUUCUUUCUCAAAUUAAAGGUUUGAGAAAUUCCUGAUAAGAUGUACUGUUCCCUAAAGUUCAUGUUAAUUGUAAUUUUUUUGUGCUGUCGGCAUUCAUCCAGCUAUGAAGACUUAGGUGCUGAUAAAUCUAAAGUCAACACCGUAAUUAUGUUCUGCAUUGGUGGCGGUAUCCUGGUGGCCAUGCUCGUGCUGAUAGGUGUUGUCAUCUGUCUUUACGUCCAAGUAGCCAGUGCAUUGAAAGCUCCAAUGGUACCUGCUUGUUUGGCCUUAAAAAAUAAUCCAGCCAUGGUCACCCAGGACAAGGUCGCCACAGCCAUCACCACUGGGUCUUAUCCCAACCUCCAAUGCUGUGACGAGUGUAGCUUGUAUGCCGACUUUGAUUCCCUGCCACCGUGCUUCUGUGACGUAAACGAGGGACUCUGACUUGGGCGGGCACAAAUAUCCUCAUGAGCAAUAUUUCUUAGUACAAUGUUUUAUUAUUCAAGUUUUAUAGUGUUUACAUUAUAUUAUGUAUUGCAGAACAUAUUUAUGUCCUUUUGAAUAAAUGCAAUAUUGAAAAUAAUUUUCCCU